UCUGCGAUCGCAAUGUUUAUAAAUUGAUGUUAUUUAGAAUGUUUGAAAACUAAUUAUUUAUCAAAAUGGGUACUAUGACGCGCUGGCUGGAUGUGGAAGUGGGAACGGAUGACAUCGAACUUAAUACACUGCCAUCAAACUUGGCUUUGAUAGACCUGAACAAUGAUAAUGAAUUCAAGCUCGUUGUCGGUGAUUUAGGUAAAGGAGAGGAAGGACCUAAGUUAAAGGUGUUCAAAGGUGCCAUGCAAGUAUCAGACAUGCUGCUACCAGACCUCCCUCUGGCAGUUGUUGGCUUCUACACAAACGAGUCGCUACCACGAUCAGCGCCCAUGAUAGCUGUGGCCUUCAGCUCCUGUGUCUACAUUUACAAGAACAUGAAGCUAUUCUACAAAUAUUAUCUGCCGUCUAUUGAUCUGAGCGUAUGCGAGACUGAAGUGUGGAAACAGUUAAUGGAUCCUGCUAAUCACAACAUCGAAGCAAUUUCAGGACUGUCUGAAAACUUAAAUGCUAUACCACACAAGAUACUCAGCUCACAGUCUCGUACCUUCAUUGCAUUGACAUCAGAGCAGCGGCUGGAAUACUUAGAACAACUACCGGAAGCUCCAUCACGGAAACAACCGGAGGUUGCUUGUAUUACCACAUUGAAGAUGCACUCCGUUGAACGUUACUCCGUUAGCUGCCUUGUGGUUGGUACUGAAGAUGGUGAAGUGGUUAUCCUAGAUCCACAGACGUUUACACAGGUUUCAGUGACUAAGCUGUGCAGUGUUAAAAGGACUCCGUACCAAAUGGUGACAACUGGACUGUACAAUGUAGACUACAGAAUCACAGUAGCCACAAGAGAGAAGUCCGUCUGCGUCAUAAAGCGGGACUGGGCCGAGGGCCGGCAGUUACUGGCGACAGAGGAGCAUAUCAUCGCCAUGGAGGUGCUCACGGCAGACCUCAGUAUUAUGCUCGUCUGCGCGGAUAAUACGCUCGCUUCUUACAGUAAGAAGGGCAAGAAGCAAUGGUCAAUCAACCUAGAGCACCGGCCGGUGGCCAUGACACUAGUCCCUGUGCUGCACCUAGGGGUGACUCUCGCAGCCGUAGCGCUAGCGUCAGGUCACGUGCUCCUAUACGAUGGGAAGGCGCGGCGAGACAACAUGUUCGUCAGAGAUGUCGUUUCUGUAAUGAAGUUUGGACAGUUGGGACAAGAAGAACACGUAUUCAUCAUAGUUACUGUUGGUGGUAACCUCAUGCUGAAGAUCCUGAAACGCACGGCGGACUUCGCAGGCCACUCGGCGGGUGUCGACGCGCUGCCGGCCACGGGGCAGAAGCCCUGGCUCAUCCCCAAGAAGUCCAAGCUGUUUCUAGAACAGUCGCUAAGGGAGCGAGAGAAUGCUGUUGCCAUGCACGAGAACUUUCAACACGAGCUGAACCGCCUGCGACUUCAAGCCGCCAAGACUCUACUGGAUGCUCACGUUAGGUCUGAUAACUCCAUCGGAGUGGGCGCUAUGGAGUCUGUGCGGUUGUCUGCUGAGGUGGAAGGUCUGGGUCCCGUGUUCUGCGUGAGCCUGAUAGUUGAGAACACGUCGCCCGAUAAAGCCGUCAUCGGGCUGUCCAUAUUGUUUCACGUCCACACCACCAACUACAAGGUUUCCAACCCACAUAUCAAGGUGCCCUUGCUCCCUCCGAAUGGAAAGCUGAACUUUCCAACCAAAGUGGAGGAGGUAUUCGACGAUGACGUAAGUCCCGAUGUCCUCUUCCGGACUGUGACAGGGGAGGGCGGGCAAAGAGCGCUGGUGAAAAUCCUGCUCCUCAAGGCGGGGAGACACAGCCCGGCUUUGGCUGCGACUGUCAUGAUGCCCCCAACUGACCCUAUGAUGAUUCCUGUGGACAAGAUGCAGUCUAGCGGAUUUGGGGACGAGAAACUGCAGUCUGGAUAGAAGAUAUGGUGAAAAGGCUUAUGUUAAGCUACGGCGGACUUCAUUAAGGCUGGGUUGCACCAUCUUACUUUAACUUUAACAAACGUCAAAAAUCUGUCAAACUCCAUACAAAAACACUGGUUAUCGUCAUAGUUACGGUUAAAGUUACGUGGUGCAACCCAGCUUAAGAGUGAAACUUCUUUUGUAAGGCGAAGUGUAGUUCACUCUUGACAGUGUGGUCUGUGGCCGAUGCUUGCUGACGAUUAAAAAAGUCCACCUUCAAGAAUAUAAUUAGAUAAAUAAUAAAAGUUUUGUUAAGAUGUACAGAGUUAGAUGAUGUCAUAGCAAGUUAACUUUAACUCUACCUAAAUAAAAAACUUACUUGGAAAAAAUGAUUUUGAAUUUAGAUUAUAAAUACCAUAAUCACUCGAAGUAACUGACGUGUCCAAAUGUUAAAAUUGCAAAACUACGAUAACCGAAGUCAUGUUCCGUAUCCUAAUCUGAUAGCGCGCCGGCAGAUUACGAUUGUACCCGGACUGUUUUAUCGGGCCGUUAUAAGUAUUAAACUUUAG